AUGAACAGUUUGCUUGCUGCCGCACCACCUGUCCCUCCUCAUCGUUUCCAGGACAGUCGUUUCUCACCCAACAGAACAAUGGCUACUCCCUCUUCCUCACGCAAGAGAAAAGCCUCUCUAUCACCAUCCCCCGAAGGUGACCCCAUGUCUACCUCACCUGCCAUGCCGAACGCCCGGCUACCUACAAAUACCACACCUCGAUCGAUCAAAAGAGCCCGACCAAAUCUGACUGGCAAACCCCUUUUGAUCCCCCGCUUACUCGAAACCCUUGAUGCCAAAUCCCUUCGAUCUGUUAUCCAAGCUUUAUGUGACAAACACGGUUCAGCCAUACAAGAAGAAAUCAGACACCUCGCUCCACGACCCAGCGUCAGCUCCACUCUCCAGGUUCUCCGAGAGUAUCAACACACAAUGAACGCAGCCUUUCCUAUAGGUGAUAAUCCUGGUUCGGACUAUAGUUACAACCGGGUACGACAACACCUUAACACCCUCCUUGACGCUCUUAGCGAUUUCACACCGCAGUUCUUGCCUCCGGUCGAACCGCAAUCCUCAACCAGUUUGACCUAUCUCGACGGAGUGAUGAGCAUCAUUCAUGAGUUGCCUCAAUGGGAUUCUGCAUCUCACAACCUGGUCAAGGAGAAUGCAUAUGAAGAGAUAGCACGGGCCUGGGGUUGCGUCAUUCGCGAGGCAUCGAAGAGAGGUGGUGGUAUUCAAUUACAAUAUGGUGGUUGGGAUGACAAGCUGAGACGGCAUAACGAGCUGGCGGGAGGCAGGUUGGCGGAGGCAGUCAACGAACUGAGGCAGAGCCUGGCAUGGAUGGCUGCUGGACGGGGACCUGGCACGGAUCAUCCGGAACCUCAGUCAUCCAUUCGACAACAACUCUUUUCCGGUACAUAUGGCCCAGGCGCUGCAAGUAUGAGGACAGGAACGGGAUGGUAG